GAAAAAACCUUCCUUGAUUCUGGAUAGAGAAUAGCAGCCAUCUUGAUUCUCUCAUUUCUUUCUGUGGAGGAAGACAGGAUGAUGGUCACUAGAGACACUGCUGACAAAAACUUCGGGAUCACUCUCUCAGAGCUGCGAAACCUCAUGGAAUACCGCAAGUCUGAGGCAGUGGAGAAAAUAAAGGAACUUUAUGGUGAUAUCUCUGAAAUCUGUAAACGACUGCGGACUUCACCCACACUUGGAAUAGUUGGUAGCAAAGCAGAAAUAGAGCUACGGAAAGCUGUAUUCGGAAGCAACUUUAUACCACCCAAGAAGCCCCUAACUUUCCUGGAAUUAAUGUGGGAAGCACUCCAGGACAUGACGCUAUGUAUCUUAGAAGCUGCAGCCAUCAUCUCCUUGGGACUCUCUUUUUAUAAACCACCUGGAGGGAAUAGUGCAGCAUGCCAGGCAGAAGCCCCCGGAGGGGAAGAGGAAGAGGAGGAGGCUGACUGGAUCGAAGGGUUUGCAAUACUUUUAUCUGUCGUGUGUGUGGUGUUGGUAACUGCCUUCAAUGACUGGAGUAAGGAAAAGCAAUUUAGGGGGUUGCAGAGUCGCAUUGAAAGUGAGCAGAAGUUUACUGUCAUCAGGCACGGGGAAUGCAAGCAGGUGCUAGUAGCCGAAUUAGUGGUUGGGGACAUUGCACAGAUCAAAUAUGGUGACCUUUUGCCAGCUGAUGGUUUGCUUAUCCAGGGGCACGAUCUGAAAGUUGAUGAGAGCUCCCUCACAGGGGAAUCAGAUCACGUCAAGAAGUCAUUGACAGUGGACCCGAUGUUACUUUCAGGUACCCAUGUGAUGGAAGGCUCUGGGAAAAUGGUUAUUACAGCUGUGGGCAUAAACUCACAAACAGGGAUCAUCCUCACUUUACUCGGAGUCGGAGACGACCAGGCAGAGAAGAAGCACAAAAAUUCAGGGGACUUGACUCCUGGGCACAGCAAGGAAUCUGCCCCAAAGCCCCACAAAGCGUCUGGAAACCAAGUUGGGGACGAGGAAAGUGCCCAGAAGCAUGCCUCACACCCGAAAGAAAAAUCAGUUCUGCAAGCAAAACUCACACGGUUAGCCCUUCAGAUUGGCAAAGCAGGUCUGGCAAUGUCAGUGAUCACGGUCCUCGUCCUUAUCAUUUUUUUCCUGGUUCAAACCUUUGCAAUUGAGAAGCGUGUUUGGACUGUUGAAUGCACGCCGAUUUAUAUACAGCAUAUCGUGAAGUUCUUUAUAAUUGGAGUGACCAUUUUGGUCGUAGCUGUUCCAGAGGGCCUGCCACUGGCUGUCACCAUCUCCCUUGCCUACUCUGUGAAGCAAAUGAUGAAAGAUAAUAAUCUCGUGAGGCACUUGGACGCCUGUGAAACCAUGGGUAAUGCAACUGCGAUCUGUUCUGAUAAAACGGGGACCUUGACCAUGAACAGAAUGGCAGUAGUCCAAAUUUUUAUUGGUAGCGCACAUUAUAAAGUUAUCCCCAUCCCUGAAAUGAUUCGGCCCACCACAAUGAGUUACUUGCUUGAAGGCAUUGCUGUAAAUUGUGCUUAUACAUCUACAAUCAUGCCUCCAGAAAAGGAAGGAGGACUCCCUCGCCAAAUUGGCAAUAAAACAGAAUGCGCCUUACUUGGUUUGCUGUUGGACCUGAACCAGAAUUUCGAGGCUGUAAGGGCCAAGAUAACGGAAGAAAAACUGCACAAAGUGUACACCUUCAAUUCUGACCGGAAAUCGAUGAGCACAGUGUUGAAGAAACCCAAUGGCAGCUUUCGGCUGUACAGCAAAGGAGCUUCUGAAAUACUGCUUAUGAAAUGCACCCGCAUAUUGGAUGCCAAUGGGCAUCCAGGACCUUUUUCCAAAAAAGACAAAGAAAAUGUGAUCAAUAAUGUGAUUGAACCAAUGGCCUCUGAGGGACUCCGCACCAUAGGCCUGACAUACAAGGAAUUUCCAGCUGCCUACUCAGAACCCAACUGGGACGACGAGGAUGAGAUUUUCAAGGACUUGACCUGUAUUGCAAUUGUAGGCAUCGAAGAUCCGGUGAGACCUGAAGUUCCUGACGCAAUAAGAAAAUGCCAGAAAGCUGGCAUCGUUGUACGUAUGAUUACUGGGGAUAACAUCAACACAGCUCGGGCGAUUGCUACAAAAUGUGGCAUUAUGAGGCAAGGGGAAACCUCUGUGUGCAUGGAGGGUCACGAUUUUAAUCGGCUGAUACGCGGUCCAGAUGGAGAGAUUAAACAAGAGCUAAUAGACAGAGUUUGGCCUACUCUUUGUGUCCUUGCAAGGUCCUCACCUGCUGACAAGUAUAACUUGGUCACAGGGAUCAUUAACAGCAACAUCACGGAACAAAGGCAGGUGGUAGCAGUGACUGGAGAUGGUACCAAUGACGGGCCAGCGUUAAAGAAAGCCGACGUUGGCUUUGCAAUGGGCAUUGCUGGAACUGAUGUCGCCAAAGAAGCUUCUGAUAUCAUUAUCACCGACGACAACUUCUCAAGCAUCGUCAAAGCUGUCAUGUGGGGUCGGAAUGUGUAUGACAGCAUCUCCAAAUUCCUUCAGUUUCAGCUCACUGUUAACGUGGUAGCCGUUGUAGUCGCUUUUACUGGGGCGUGUGUCACCCAGAAUUCCCCUCUGAAAGCUGUUCAGAUGCUGUGGGUCAACCUCAUAAUGGAUACUUUUGCUUCUCUUGCUUUAGCAACAGAAAAGCCAACUGAAGCUCUGCUGGCACGCAAGCCUUAUGGGAGAAAUAAGCCUCUUAUCUCCCGCACGAUGCUGAAAAACAUUUUGUUCCACGCGAUUUACCAGAUGGCCGUUGUAUUUUCCCUUGUUUUUGCAGGCGAAAAGUUCUUUGAUAUCGAGAACGCGAGAAAUGUGCCCAUGAAUUACCCUCCUACCGAGCAUUACACCAUUGUAUUUAACACAUUUGUAAUGAUGCAGAUUUUUAACGAGGUCAACGCCCGGAAGAUUCAUGGGGAAAGGAAUGUUUUCUCGGGGAUAUUCAGUAAUACCAUUUUUUGCUUUAUCAGCGUGGGAACGUUGGUCGUACAGGUCAUGAUUGUUCAGCUUGGAGGGAAGCCCUUUAGCUGCACAAAGCUUUCACUGGAGCAGUGGUUGUGGUCCAUCUUUUUUGGCCUAGGGACAUUGAUAUGGGGACAAUUGAUCGUAUACAUCCCGAAUCGUUAUCUGUGGUUCCUGCCAACGUUUGGUGACAAACCGCCAAAAGAGGACAUGACUCAAGUAGAAGAAAUGUAUGAAGAGAUUGACUAUGGUGAGCUGGAAAUGCGCCGAAUCAGCCAGUCCUCAUGGUGUAGGGGUGUGAACAGAGUACAAACUCAGUACAAAGUAGUAAAUACGUUCCGUACUCCCCCUUAUGAGUUACACCGCUCAGCUAGUAAUAAAACCAUCUAACAGAACACAAGUAGUGAUUCUGAAAACUCC